AUGGAAGAACUUAUGGUUGAAAAUGUCAAUCCCUUUUUCAUUUCCAAAUAUGAUAAUCAUGGUCUUGUUCUUUUCGUUCACCCUCUCAAUUGUGAUAAUUACUAUUCUUGGCGUCGUACAAUGGUUAUGGCCUACAUUGGACGCAAUAAAUUCGAUUUUGUCGAUGACACUAUUAUUGCACCUCAAGAAAACGAUGUUAUCUUUCCUUUGUGGCGUUGCAAUAGCAACAUUGUUGCCUCAUGGAUUCUCAAUUUGGUCUCCAAAGAAAUCCAAGCUUUUGUGAUUUACUCUAUCACUGCUAUUGAAAUUUGGAAUGAUCUUCACAUGUGUUUUCAUCAAAAUAAUGGUCAUACGGUUUUUCAAUUAAAGAAAGAUUUCCUCAGUUGCAAUCAAGGUUCACUCCCUGUCAGUCAACAUUUUACAAACUCAAGGUUUUAUGGGAAGAACUUGGGAAAUAUAAACUCAUUCACACAUGCAAUUGUGGCAAUGUUCAACCUCUCGUCGAUUUUCUUCAACAAGAAUACAUUGUGA